AUGGCCAAGCAGCUCAAGCCCUUCACCCGCGACGAGGUUGCCCAGCACAACAAGCAGGGCGACCUGUACGUCAUCAUCGACAGCUAUGUCUACGACCUCUCCAAGUUUGCCCGCCUCCACCCUGGUGGUCCCGGUGUGCUGCUCGAUGCCGAUGUCGCCGGCAAGGACGCUACGACCGUCUUCUUUGCCAUGCACCGUCACGAAGUCCUCCUGAAGCCCCAGUACCAGCGUCUCAAGAUCGGUCAGAUUACCGGCGAAAAGCAGAAGAUCCGCACUCCGCAGGCCGACGACCUCUCGCGUGUCCCCUACGCCGAGCCCAUGUGGCUCACCCCGUCGUUCAAGACUCCAUACUACAAGGACUCGCACCGUGCGCUGCAAAAGGCGAUGCGCAAGUUCAUCACCGAGGUUGUGGCGCCCGACGGACAGGCGUGUGAAGAGAAUGGCAAGCGCCCUUCCCCCGACGUCCUCAGGCAGAUGGCCGAGAACGGCAUGAACCACAUGCGUAUGGGACCCGGGGCCCACCUCCACGGCAAGGUUCUCAUGGGCGGUGCGGUCAAGGGCGAGGAGUUUGACUAUCUCCACGAGCUUGUCGUCAACCAGGAGCUCGCCCUCUGUGGCGCCCGCGGCUACAUUGACGGCUGCCAGGGCCACAUGGUCAUUGGACUGCCGCCCAUCAUGAACUACGCCAAGGAGCCGCUGCGUACCAAGGUCAUGACCGAGGUGCUCGAGGGAGAGAAGCUCUUGUGUCUUGCGAUCACUGAGGCGUUUGCCGGCUCGGACGUCGCGGGUCUCCGCUGCCGUGCCGUCCGCGCCGAGGACGGGUCCGGAUGGAUCAUCAACGGCACCAAGAAGUGGAUUACCGGCGGUACCAACUCGGACUACUUUACUGUCGGCGCCCGCACCGGCGACCACCUCACCGUCUUCCUCGUCCCCCGCUGCGAGGGUGUGAACACGAAGCAGAUCAAGACGUCGUACGGCACCACCGCCGGCACGUCGUAUGUCACCUUUGACAAUGUCAAGAUCCCCAACGAGAACAUGAUCGGUCCCGAGAACGACGGACUGCGCGUCAUCCUCGCAAACUUCAACCACGAGCGGUUCAUGAUCUCGUGCCAGACCGUCCGCUAUGCCCGCAAGGCCGUCGAGGAGUGCCUCCUCUGGGCGUCGCAGCGUAGCGUGUCGGGCAAGCCCCUCAUCGCGCAGCCCGUCAUCCGUCAGAAGCUCGCGUCCAUGAUCACCAAGACUGAGGCUGCGCAGGCGUUCCUGGAGAACAUUGCGUACCAGAUGUGCCAGAUGGACUACAAGGAGCAGUCCAAGUACCUCGCCGGCCCCAUCGGCUUCCUCAAGCUCAACUCGUCCAAGAUCCUCGCCGAGGUCGCCGACGACGCCAUCAUGAUCUUUGGUGGCCGUGGCCUCACCAAGACGGGCAUGGGCCGCUUCAUCGAGCAGAUCCACCGUACCCGCAAGUUUGACGCCAUCCUUGGCGGUACCGAGGAGGUCCUCGGCGACCUGGGUGUCCGCCAGGCCAUGAAGCACAUGCCCGAGGACCAGAGGCUCUGA